AUGAUACAUUCCAGGACCAACUGUGCCAAAGUACCUGCGUGUGCAAAAGAUCCUCAGCCUUGGGACGGUAUACCGGCCGUUUGGGCGGGAGAUAUUCUCUGGGCCACCUACAACCGCACUUGUCUCAAGGACCCCAAGACGGGAGUCUAUUGCACGAAUGAGAUUGGAAACAUCCAAACAAUGCUCGGAGAGACGGACACGUCCCUGACAACUCUCUCCAGAGACCAGCUGUGCUCCCCUUGGGUGCUGGAUCUCAGCCAGCAGUUGCAGGCCACGGCCUACUCCAACUACAACGAGAACCACGUGGCCGACUGGGCUGCGAUCCAGCACACAUGUCAGACCGGGGCGUUGCCGACUCAGGUUCAAACCCCCGCCACCAACAUCACGGCGGUUCCGGGCGUGGACUACUCAGAUCCGUCGAAUACCACAUGUCUUUCCAACAAUUUCUAUACUACCGUGGCUGGUGAUAAUAUCCAAGCCAUCGCGGAGGCGCAAGGAGUCCCCACAGGACCUCUCAAGACGCUGAACGGGAUCUUCCCAGAUGGAUCCAAUCUCCUAGCUGGACAGGUCUUGUGUCUGCCUAGCCCGAUCUAUAAAGUACAAGCCAACGACACCUGCGCAUCGAUUGCUUCUGCCUAUAGCAUCUCCGUCGUCGACAUCUUCAUGUACAACCCCACCAUCAACAGGGCCUGCUCCAACCUCAUCGCCGACACAAACAUCUGCGUUGGGCCCUCGGGAGCACAGUAUACCCCCACCACCAUCGCCGGAGCCACCGGCACCAAGACUAACCAGUAUGCCACCUCAACGGUGACCCCAGACGGUCCUACUGCCAGCGGCACCACAACGGAAUGCGGCAAGUACCACAAGGUGGUGGCAGGCGAUACCUGCCAGCAGAUCUCCCUGCAGUACUCCAUAACCACAGAGCUUUUUAUGGCGAUAAAUCCCUCCAUCGACCAGGAUUGCUCGUCUCUUCCUCCAGGCGUUUACUACUGUGUUUUUCCUAUGCAGGACUGGAACUCCACCGCACCAAAUACAACCACCACCACUACUUCUACCUACCUGACAGCUCCCACCGCCACGCCGACAGGAACCACACAGUACUGUUACUUAUGGUAA